AAUCUUAUUCACGUCCGGGUCAGAUUGUUUCCAGCAUUUUCCCAGACAGCUGAUCCGGUCUAUAUAUUUGAACUGUGAAGACUAAAGAAAUAACGACAUAUUUGAUAAUUAAUAUGGAUUUCUUAAAAGCUGAAAUCGUGAGGAAGAGAAAACUAAUUGAAGACAAAGAUCUUAUUGAUGAUUCAAAGAAAUACUUCAAACGAGCCGAUCUUGCCCGAAAAGAAGAAGAAGAGUAUUUCGAAAGAUGUGGCCACAAGGUUCAGAAAGAGGCACCUGAGAGACAGAUGGAGAAGAAAGAGGAGAAGGCAGAUCCCUCCACCUCGUCCAAUAGCACUUUAGAGUUGGAGCUGACUGAGGAGAAGCUGCCAAUGUCGCUCUCCCGGCAGGAGGUGAUCCGGCGGCUGAGGGAGCGAGGGGAACCAGUGCGUCUGUUUGCAGAGUCAGACUAUGAGGCCUUCCAGAGGCUCAGGAAGAUUGAGAUUCUCGCUCCGGAAGUCAACAAGGGUUUGAGGAACGACCUGAAGGCAGCCAUGGAUAAGAUUGAUGCGCAGUACCUGAAUGAGAUCGUAGGGGGCACUGGGGAGCCGGGUGAGGUGGACACACAAUUCGAUCUAAGAGUACAUGAGGCAGACACAACCAUUGAGGAGCUGGAGGCUCUGGGUAAAUCUCUGGGAACGGGAGAUGACAAUGGGGACCAGGAUGUCAUCGACAAAGUCCUUAGGUUCCUGCUGGGAGUCUGGGCGAAGGACCUGAACGGUCGAGAGGACCACGUGAAGCGCAGCGUGCAGGGCAAGCUGGCCAGCGCCACCCAGAAACAGACUGAGUCCUACCUCAAACCACUAUUCCGGAAACUACGCAAGAAGAGUUUGCCAGCAGACAUCAAAGAAUCAAUCACAGACAUCAUUAAAUUCAUGCUGCAGAGAGAAUAUGUAAAGGCGAACGAUGCAUACCUGCAGAUGGCCAUUGGUAAUGCCCCCUGGCCCAUCGGGGUGACCAUGGUGGGCAUCCACGCCCGUACGGGGCGAGAGAAGAUCUUCUCCAAACACGUGGCCCACGUCCUCAACGACGAGACCCAGAGAAAAUACAUCCAGGGACUGAAAAGGUUGAUGACUAUCUGCCAAAAACACUUCUCCACAGACCCCUCAAAGUGUGUGGAGUACAAUGCACUGUAGUACACUGACCGUCUACACCUGUGGUCACCAAGCCUUGUCUUAAAGUCAUGGGGUGCGCAGGCUUUUGUUCCAACCUAGUGCUACAGCACCUAAUUCAAUUGACUAUGGUCUUGAUGAUCAUAAAAUAUGUUGAAUCAGGUGGGCUAGUGUUAGGUUGGAAGGAAAGCAUGCCUGUAUACUUUGUAGUCUUACAGUAUCAGGAUUGGUAUCCACUGUUUGGUUACACAUCUGUGGAAGUCACAACAGCUGAGGAAGUCUCUGUACUUCUGUCUACAUACCUGUCAAUGGAGAUCCAGCUGUUCAUGUAUAUUUGGAGGCUCACUUUUUGCCACUGUUUACUGUUUUGGGUAGCUUUUUUUUUAGGGUGUACAGGUUAAUAUUUUCCUUGUUACUCAAAUGAACGAACAUGCCGUGUAAAUAUCCCUUCUAAGAUGAGUCUUUCUCCAGUGUGCUAGUUCUAUAUCUUUGUAAGAAUGGCCAUGAUGUGUAAGUUUUAUUAUGCAAAGCUUUGAAAAAAGAAGCUUUAAAUUCAAGAAUGAGAAAACAGCAGUUGAAACCUGUCAAAGUAUACAUCUUUACCUGUGUGAAUGGUAAACUAUGUUCUUAUUAAUGCAAUACAUCUAAAUUCAGGGGGUGUUUGGUGUCAGUCACUUUUCAUUCCUUUAUUAAGAAGUAAUAUUAUUUAGAGAAUACAUUUUGAUGGAACUUUUAGAUAACUGCAAAUGUUCCCUAGCUCUAUAAUUUCGCAAUGCACAAGAUCAUUAAAUGAGAAGCGCCAUUUUAAACGAAGGGCAAAUUUCGCUAUACAGCUGUGAAAUGAUUAAUCUAUAAACUCCAGAGGCCAACAGCAGAGCCAAUGUUUAUUAUACACUUGUCUGUCUACAGACCAAUGCAUUGCUGCAGAUCUUUACAUGCUGACCAGACACUGCGUGAAUGUUGCAAAAUAAAUUUACACAUAUUAACAAAAAUUGCUCAUGCACGUCUGCGUGGCCAGGCGCUAAAAUGUAAUUUGGUUCCAUUUGUGAAGCUCAAUGCACUGCAAAUCCUGCCUCUCCCAUCUCAUUUGUUUUUAGGAGCAUAUACCCAUGUGAUUGAAAYAUUAAUUGAGGUUCACACUCCAGUCAGUUGUGGUAAUGCACCUGUAAAGUUGGUUGCCAACUGCUAUAUAAUGUCCAAAGAAGAAAAAACCUGAAGGAGGAGAGAUUACGAGAAACAAAUUUGGUUGACCGUUAAUCUGUGGAUUAAUUGUAGGAGUAAAGGACCCUGGGCAUUUCAGGUAAAAUAACAACCCAAAUGUAUAUCCCAGGGUAAAUUAGCUAACAGCAGCUAGCUAAAUUGCCAUACAUGUUUAAUGUUUUUUGACCUGUCCCCAAAUUAAUAUAGUUGGUUCAGAGUUCGUUUUGAUAUUUCAACCUGCAUGUCCUGAUCGCAUCUGGUGUGGGUGGACAAAAUCAACAUGUUAGACCUUUGCGCCACUCGCCAGCAAAUGUUUAAAAAUAUGUUUAAAAAAGACAUUCUGACCUUCAAACUUCAAUAGCUCGCAAACGAUUUGAGCUACAUACCUCAGGUUAGAGAUUUCAUGAAAAAAAA